GUGGGUGGGUGAGUAGAGACGCUCACAAACACUCUCCGAUGAUACUCUAAAUAUUCCUUCUGUGAGACUUUAACAUUUUGACCUAGAGCUUAUGUUGUUAAUGAGUCUUUAUUAUCCACACUGAACCAUAACUGUUGUUUGAGCUGUUCAGAUAUCUGCAUGAUAUUCAGAGAGAUGAAGUGCUGCGGAAGUCACAAAAAGGAAGCGACACUUGACUUAAAACAGGAAGUACAUCUUUCUCUCUUCUACACAAUCAUUCGUUCAGAAGCGUCAGUUGAGGGUGUGAGAGCGAGAGGCAGAGACGGAGACACACGAUGGUUGAAUUCAGACGGAUUAAAGCCACUUUGUUUGUGAUACUGCUGCUUCAGUGUACAGCAGUCGCUGGAAAAAAUACCCUCUCAUUUACUGUCAGAGCUGGACAUGAUGUCACUUUGCCUUGUGGAAAUGUGAUAAACCCUCAGCAUACAUGUAAGAGUACUACCUGGAUCUACAGUCGUGAUGGUGGAACAACAAAUGAGCUGAUUGCUCAUGGGCAGAUUAAAAGUGACAUUUACAAAGCUAUAUCAGACAGACUCCAUUUGACAGAAGAAUGUUCCCUGGUUAUUAAAAAUGUCACACCUGUGGAUGCUGGUCUUUACACCUGCAGACAGUAUCCAGAACCAGGAGGACUACAACAAGGUCCAGACUGUAAUGUUCUCCUGUCUGUUAUUGACAUGACUCAGGAUAAAGACAAUGAUGACGUCACCUUGUUCUGUGCUGUGAGGACAUACGAGUGUCAACACACAGUGCAGUGGCUGUACCAGGGGAAUCAGGAUGAUGUGGAGAUAAGAGCAGAUGCCUGUUCAUCCAGGGUGAUACUUGCUUCUCAUCUUAAUCAAAAGUUGCUGAAGUGUAGCGUGACAGUUACUGAGACUGGAGAAACUCUGCUCUUAGAUGCGUGCCCCCAGUCCUCGUGUGAGAAAACAGGAAGCACAUCAGCAAUUGAUUGGUGGUGGUACGUCCUUGUGGCUGUGGGUUUAGCAGCGCUCUUAAUUACCAUUGUGGCGGUCAUCAGAUGGAAGAGAGCUAAAGGGGACCGAACACAUAUGGAUGACAGGAUUGCGGGUCCUAAAGAGGAUGUGUCCUACGCCUCUGUCAGCUACAGCAAGAACAACAGCAGCAAAGCCCAGGUUCGGAGUAAGGAGGGGGAUGAAGAUGAUGUAGUGACCUAUAGCACGGUGAAAGCUCCUUCUCUUUCUGUUGGAACCUUCGCUGAUCCCAGUAACAUCUACGCUACCAUCGACAAACCAAACAAAUAAGCAACAACAGUGACAGCUCAUGUCCUUUUUAUUCUUUGAGGGACUAGCUAGAAUUUCACUCACUGUGUUUCUGAUAUUCAUUGAUACCUUUGGGUAAGAUGUCUCCCCUGUCAAACUCCUGCGGGGUAUUUCCUAUGUAUAAUAAUGUAUAUAAUCCCAGAUUAAAGCCCCUGUUAUGGAUAUAUAAAGGAAGAUCAUCUGCAUACUGUAUGGUUGUUAUUGUUAGUGUGUAAAUAUGAAAGGUGCUUUUUUGGUUCUCACAUUAACAUAUAAUCACACAGUUCUUCCGUCACAUUUAUUCGUGUGAACGCUUUCAGGAGGUAUUGCUGUCAGAAGCCUUUCUGUGCAGAGGGGCUUGCUGUAGGGUUAGGGUGUAAACAGUAAAUGUGGAAUCAGCAAUGGAUAUGUUUUCUCAUAAGAGAUUGUGUAUAAUGUGUUUUCCUUUGUUGACUUGAUGUCAGGCAAUUUAUCGAACUCAGUGACCAAGUGUUACCUCUCAGGGUUUCUGCUUUUUGUUUGUAUUAUUGUCAAGUUUUUUCCUGAAUAAAAUAACAUGACAUAAAACAAAUAAUCAUAAAUGUUAAGAAUAAUA